AUGUCAGCUCAAUUGAAAGUAAACACUACUGAAUUCACUUUAAACACAGGUGCCAAGAUCCCAGCUGUUGGUUUGGGAACAUGGCGUGCUAGCGAAAAAGACGCUGCUUACAACUCUGUCUUGACAGCAUUGAAGAAUGGUUAUAGACAUAUUGAUACUGCUGCCAUUUAUGGAAACGAAGAAGAAGUAGGUAGAGGGAUUGCUGCUGCUGGAAUUCCUAGAAACGAGUUGUUUGUCACUACAAAAUUAUGGAACAAGAAGCACAAAGACGUCGAGUCUGCUUUGGAUGAAUCAUUGAAAAAGUUGGGCCUUGACUAUGUUGAUUUGUACUUGAUCCACUGGCCUGUUUCCACUGAUCCAGAAACUGAUAAACCAUACUCGGACCACGACUUCGUUGACACCUGGAAAACUUUACAAAAAAUAUACAAGGAAGGUAAGAAAGUCAAGGCAAUUGGUGUUUCCAACUUUACUGUUAAGAAAUUAGAAAAGCUUUUAAAUGCUGAUGGUGUUGAUGUUGUCCCAGCCGCUAACCAAGUUGAAGCACAUCCCUUGUUGACUCAACCUGAAUUGUACGACUACUUGAAAUCAAAAAACAUUAUUUUGGAAGCUUAUUCACCAUUGGGUUCGAGCGAGUCGCCAUUGUUCAAAAACAAGACCAUCACUGAUAUUGCUGAAAAGAAUGGUGUUGAACCAGCACAAGUUUUAGUUUCUUGGGCUGUUCAAAGAGACACUGUCGUAUUACCAAAGUCAGUUACUGAUUCAAGAAUCAUUUCCAACAUCAAGACAUUUACUUUGAGUAAGGAAGAUUUUGAAACUUUGAACAAGCUUUCCGAAAAAGAUGGUGUUGUUAGAACGUGUAAUCCAGGCUUCAACAACUUCAAUGACUAG